AUGGAUUUCGUUUUUAUCGCUUUUAUUACCAUCCGUUUGAUCGUUAUCAGAACAGUAAUUCACUGGCCACGCGAUCGUUGUGUUUCAUUGUGGAUCGUGAAUUGUGGAUUUCAUUUCUUUUCUUUUUUAGUUAAAGUUUUUUGUGGUUGGUCUCUCAUUGGGAUCUUCCAAAAAUUAAAAAUGUCGGAAUUUGUAAAAUUUACAAAACUCAGAUCUACUACAGAUUGUACAUUUUGGGCAAAAUUUGUAGAAUUGAAGAUUGACAAAUUCAAAUUGGAUGAAAAAAGUAUCAAUUUAUGGGGAAGUUAUAGUCUUCAAUCAUUGAAUGAAGAUAAUUUUAAUCCAUUGGUGCUGGAUUUCACAUCGUUCAAUGAAGACUUGGAAACAAUAAAUAAUAAAUCAUCUGUUAUUUGUUUUGGACAUAUGAUUAAUACAAAUACUUUUGAAGCAUUUCGUCAAAUUAAUCCUGAACAAUUUAUUGAUUCUAUGGGAAAAGAUAUUAUAAACAGUAUUCAAGAUGGAACAAUAUUACAAAAUCCAUGGAAACUCUCAUUAUUUUUAGUAUUAGCUUAUUCAGAUUUAAAAAAGUACAGAUUUUAUUAUUGGGUUGCACAUCCUACUCCUUUAAAGUUACCAGAAAUGUAUUAUGAAGAAAUUCCAAAAUCGAUCACAGAAGAAUUCUCAGAGAAACAUGUUGAAGAUUUAUGUAAUGACUUUUUACAUUUGGACUGUAGAACAAAAAAUUAUUUCACAGUACUAAUAUCAAAGGAAAAUAAAAUGUGCAUUGUUGAUCUAGCAACAGGAAUAAAUAUUAUCAGUAUAAAUAAUGAAAAACAAUCACAGGAUUAUACUGAAAUUUAUUUUGCAUUUUAUGAUCCAUGUACAAGUUCUAAUCCAGGCUGGCCUUUACGUAAUCUAUUAUGUCUUUUAUGUUGGUAUUGUCCUACAUAUUAUUUUUCAAAAAUUAUUAAAUUCAUAUCUAUACGAGGAAAUAAGGCACAGAAAAGUCUCGUUUUUAAACUAAAAACUAAAGAAUAUAAAAAUUAUAAAAACAUAAGAGAUAAUCUGUUUCUGAGUCAUCUAGUGGGUUGGGAGAGCAAUUCAAAUGAUAAAUUAGGUCCCACUAUAGCUGAUUUAUCUGAUACUAUGGAUCCAACUAAAUUAUCAGACAAAGCUAUUAAUUUAAACUUAAAACUAAUGAAAUGGCGUCUUGUUCCUAAUCUAGAUCUAGAAAAGAUCUGUAAUCUUAAAUGCCUUUUAUUGGGUGCUGGAACUUUGGGUUGUUCUGUAGCAAGAGUUCUCUUAGGUUGGGGAGUAAAUAACAUAAUUUUCGUCGAUAGCUCUCAUGUAUCUCAUAGUAAUACAGUACGUCAAAGUUUGUACAAUCAUCAAGAUGCUAUAAAGCAUAAAUAUAAAGCUCAUGCAGCCAAAGAUGCUCUGCUCAAUAUCCGACCAAGCAUAAAUACAGAAGGUAUAGUUUUACAUAUUCCAAUGCCCGGACACGUUGUUGGUCAAAGCAUGCUGGAAUCUACAAAGCAAUCUUUGAAAAAAUUAGAGGAACUUAUUGAAAUAAGCGAUGUUGUCUUUCUUCUAUUGGAUUCUCGGGAAGCUAGAUGGUUACCUACAGUUCUUUGCGCUGCUAAAAACAAGAUUACUAUCAAUGCAGCUUUGGGGUUUGAUUCUUAUACUGUACAGAGACAUGGUACUCGAAAUUUUAAUAAUCAAAUUUCUCCAGACUUAGAAAUUAAAAAUCCUCGUGGUAUGGAUCUUGGCUGUUAUUUUUGCAACGAUGUAACACAACCGGGAAAUUCACAAACUGACAGAACAUUGGAUCAACAAUGCACAGUUAGUAGGCCAGGUUUAUCACAAAUAGCUGCAGGGUUGGCAGUAGAAUUAUUGGUAGCUCUAUUGCAACAUCCCGAAGGUGUUGAAGCAGAGGCAUUGGUGGGAAAUAGCAGAGAUAAUAUCAAUUCAAAUGACGCAAAAUUAGUUGGUUUAUUGGGAUGUGUACCACAUACUAUACGCGGAUCCCUAUGGAAUUAUGAUACCCAAUUGACGAUUACUCACAGAUUUACAUCUUGCACAGCCUGCUCUGUGCCUGUUAUUAUUGAAUAUAAAAAUCGGGGUUUAUCUUUUGUUUUGGAUGCGUGUAAUAUACCAAAUUAUUUAGAAAAGUUGUCAGGAUUAGAAGAAAUACUUAAACGACCCGAUUUGGAUGAGCUUUGCUAUGCAUUGGAUAAUAUAAGUGAUGAAGACGAAGACGAUCAAAAAAUGUGAUAAAUAUUAUUAUAUUACAGAAUUAGAGAUUUUAUGCUCAUUUAAAUAAGCACAAUCAUCGAAAAGAAUUAUGGAUUCAUCUUCCUUAUUUUUUUUUCGGUUCCUACAAUAUUUUAAAUUUUUUUUUCUUGACGAAAAUGUAUUUGAUAUAUGUAAUAUAAUACUUAAAAAAUUCAAUUUUAUCAUGAAAAAAAUAUUGAAAAUUUAUCGUGGAAUAUAUUUCAAGACUAUAUGAAUCUAAUAUUCAUUUUUAAUUUUUUCAUCAAUUUUAUUUAUUUUAUUUUAAAUUUUUUUAUUAUAAUAUUGACAUUUGACGUAGAUUAUUUACGUCAAAAUAUUAUAAACUUAGAAUUUGUUCUAUUAUUGGUAUAACUUUUGUAUAGAGAUUUUAUAUGAAAAUUGAAAUAAUAUAUAUAUAGAGAUUAUGUCUCUUGUUUUUAACGUUAUAAAUAUCGUCAAAUAAAAUAAAUUUCUUGAAAAAAAAUAUUCUAUUCAACAUUUCCUAUAUUAUUAAAAAAAUUGUUUAUAAUUAAAUUAAAAUUAUUUAUAUAAUUUCCUAAUAAUUGUUCAUUUGAUGUUAAUGAUAAAAAAAAUUAAAAAAAAUUUUCUUGAUAAAAUUUUAUAUAUCAAUAAAAAAUUAUGUGAAAUAUAAAUAUAAUUGUUGGAGGGAAAACAGAAUUUUUAAAUUAUAUUUAUAUGAAUAUUGUGACGCGCUUGCGUCUUUGACAAUUUUGCCGAUAGAGCGCGUUGUGACGAAUGAAUGCCUGACAUUCCAACGUAAUGUUUAAGUAGUGGGGAAUCGAGGCUGGCUCUCGUGUGUCAAACAGCCUGUGUUCCGUGUGUGUUCGACCGCAUACCAUUAGAUUUUCCAUCGUUUUCAAUGAAAAUACGUACUGUACAUUAGUUCGACGUGUCAGCGAACAUUGUGCCGGAUGUUUGAUUCUAUAUUCAUUGGCUUGUCAUAGCAAAACCAACGAAAGCAGAGAUCCUUGUGACGGUUGGGCUCGUCAGCGCUCCAUCGCGGGAAUUUCAACCCGUGUUGAACACCUGCUGUAUCCCUAGCGAAAAGUAUCUGCCUAAUCGUGAAUAAGUGAAGUUUGUUGGUUUUUAAAUUAAAAUUCAAAGGGGUGAAAUUGGUGAAAUCAAGAAUAUCUUUGAGAAUUUUGGAAUUUUGGAAGGAAGAGAAGAGAUGUCUGCCGUUGAGAGCGCCUUGGAUGUCCUCUCCAGGGCGGCCACUAUGGUGCAAGGUCAGUUUGCCUCGUGACUUAUAUUUUCAACGGACUUGGAGAUUGUUCGUGAUUAUUGGAUGAUCAAGGUUCUAGUGGGUUGGGAUUAAGCUGGAGUCUAUAUGGUAGAAUAUUUUUUAACUAAUAUAAUAUAUCAGUAAUGACAAACUUAUUAAAGCCAGUUUCUAUUUCAAAAUAAGGAUUACCUAAUUGAAAGCAUUAUAAUUGAUGUACAGGCUACAACAAAAAAUAUAAUAAUAGUAAAAUCCAUAGUAAUAAAAAAAUUAAUUUAGUGCAUUUUGAAUUGCUCAGAUUUUUAUAAAAUAUAAAAUUACAAAAAUAUAAAAUAUAAAAGUACAAAAAUAUAAAUCAUAAAAUAAUAAAAAUUAUAAAAGUAUAAUUAAAAUUACAAAAAAUGAAACAAAAA